CAUUGUGGAAAAAUAACAUUUUUAGAAACUUUUCUGUUGCAAGUGAUAGAAGAAAAACGAACAGAGAAGUGCAUCCUCUUGUGUGUGUAUCUCACUGUGCUACUUUUGAUAACUCAGCUUAGGAAUGAAGCCACCAUUAUGUCCUCAGUCAGUGAAAUAAAUGUUGAUAUCAAAGAUUUCCUAAUGAGUAUUAAUUUGGAGCAGUAUCUCUUACAUUUCCACAAGUUUGGUUUUUAUACUGUGAAGGACUGCACAACAAUCAAUGAUACUGUGCUACACAAAAUUGGAAUAUCGCCCACAGGACACCGUAGGAGAAUACUUAAACAGUUACAGAUAAUCUUGUCAAAGAUGCAAGAUAUCCCAAUAUAUGCAAAUAUUCAUAAAACAAAGAAGAAUGAUGACACUUCAAAGGAUUGCCAUGCUCCAUCUUCUGAUUGGAACACCUGCAGAGAAAUUUCUAACUCUGAUAGUAUUCCCACACCUAGCUCAACACAAUUGGAGGCUGUUACACAAAGUCUUCAUCAAAAUGAUAUUGGUAUGGAACAUAGCCAGUCUCUUAAAUCGGAUGAUAAGCUGUCUCUUCCUAAACAUGACUUUGCCAUUCCAGAUCAAGAACCACACCAUGAUAGUUCAUUUGGUAGUGAAAAUAUUAAAAUAGAAUCUUUGAUUGCAAAGAAGACUGUGGAUUGUACAAUUGAACAACAAACAGAAAAAGUUGAUUCAAUAUUGGAGACUAUCAGCAAGCUUCCUAGUAUUGACCCUGAAUGUCUUUCUUCCCUUGGCUCCUCAACAUCAGAUGCAAAUUCUGUAAAUGGGUCGAAUGGCUUAGUAGAAGCAUCACCUCCAUCCCCAUUCUUUCAGUUUCAAGGAGAAAUGGUUGUGAAUGAUUUGUACAUACCGUCAUCACCAAACUUGGCACCGAUGAGAAGUCGCAGCAAGUUGGUUUCGAGACCAUCUCGCUCUUUUCUGCUAAGACAUCGGCCUGUACCAGAGAUUCCAGGGUCAACAAAAGGAAUUUCAGGAAGCUAUUUCCGUGAAAGAAGAAAUGUUGCUACCUCACCUGGAAAAUCUGCGGCAUGGCAAAAAGAUUCAAGUGAGGAGAUUUCAUCUUCCAUCUUUCCUUAUGGAGAGACCUUCCUCUUCCAGAGACUGGAAAAUUCCAAGAAGAGAUGUGUGAAGAAUGAAUUUUGGGCCCAUGAAGAGACACUCAAAGGGGAGGCAAAUACUGCAGGGAACUCUUUCUGCAUCAAAUCAAGCAUAUAUGAUAACAGGAAGGAGAAAAUAAGUGAAGAAAAAGUAGAAGACAUUUGGAUACCUCGAGAGGAUAAAAACAAUCUUCUGACAGAGUCUGCCUCUGAGUCAGAAUACUCAACAGUGGAAGAAUGCUUCCAGAGUUUAAGAAGAAAAAAUUCAAAGGCAUCAAGGUUGAGGACACAGAAAGCACUGAGCUUGGACCCAGUGAACAGGCACAGUUACCCCCUAAGCUCAACAAGUGGAAAUGCUGAUUCCUCGGGCAUUUCCUCAAAUGCCAUAUCUCCCUAUGCCUGUUUUUAUGGUACAUCUACGAAGAAGGUGAAGUCAGGGUGGCUGGAUAAGCUUUCUCCUCAAGGAAAACGCAUGUUUCAGAAGAGAUGGGUGAAAUUCGAUGGCCUUAGCAUUUCUUACUACAAUAAUGAAAGGGAGAUGUAUUCAAAGGGAAUAAUUCCCCUUUCUGCCAUAUCAACAGUACGAGUUCAAGGAGACAACAAAUUUGAAGUUGUUACAACACAAAGAACUUUUGUUUUUAGAGUAGAAAAAGAAGAGGAGAGAAAUGACUGGAUCAGUAUACUGUUAAAUGCACUGAAAACACAGUCCCUUACCUCACAGUCUCAAGUGGUUGCUGCACCUGAGAAAUGUGGAUAUCUUGAAUUGAGAGGGUAUAAAGCCAAAAUUUAUACUGUGCUAAGGGGAAACAGUGUGUGGCUUUGCAAAAAUGAACAGGAUUUUAAAAGUGGAUUGGGUAUCACCAUCAUUCCUAUGAAUGUAGCAAAUGUAAAGCAAGUGGACAGAACUGUAAAACAAUCUUUUGAAAUAAUUACUCCCUAUAGGAGUUUCAGCUUUACAGCAGAGUCUGAAAAAGAGAAACAAGACUGGAUUGAAGCUGUGCAGCAAUCGAUAGCAGAAACUCUCUCUGAUUAUGAAGUAGCCGAGAAGAUUUGGUUCAAUGAGUCCAACAGGAGCUGUGCAGAUUGUAAAGCCCCGGAUCCUGACUGGGCAUCCAUCAAUCUCUGUGUUGUCAUCUGUAAGAAGUGUGCAGGACAGCAUAGAUCCUUGGGACCAAAGGAUUCUAAGGUUAGGAGUCUAAAAAUGGAUGCCAGCAUUUGGAGUAAUGAACUGAUCGAGCUUUUUAUCAUCAUUGGAAACAAAAGAGCAAAUGACUUUUGGGCUGGUAAUCUUCAAAAGGAUGAAGAAUUACACAUGGACUCACCAGUAGAAAAGCGAAAAAGCUUCAUUAUUCAGAAAUACAAAGAAGGAAAAUUCAGAAAGACCCUUUUGGCAUCUCUCACCAAAGAAGAAUUAAAUAAGGCUCUGUGUGCUGCUGUUGUGACACCUGACGUUCUGGAAACAAUGGCUUUGCUGUUCAGUGGAGCAGAUGUCAUGUGUGCAACUGGAGACCCCGUGCAUAGCACCCCUUAUUUGCUGGCCAAGAAAGCCGGGCAGAGUCUGCAGAUGGAAUUUCUUUACCACAAUAAAUUCUCAGAUUUCCCCCAACAUGACAUUCAUUCUGAGGGUGGAUUAAGUCAAGAGGCCUCCCAGUCCACGUUCCUUUGUGACUUUUUGUAUCAGGCUCCUGCUGCAGCUUCUAAACUCUCUUCAGAGAAAAAACUGCUUGAAGAGACGAAUAAGAAGUGGUGUGUUUUGGAAGGAGGUUUCUUGAGUUACUAUGAAAAUGAUAAGUCCACCACGCCUAACGGCACCAUUAAUAUCAAUGAAGUUAUCUGCCUGGCUAUACACAAAGAGGACUUCUAUUUAAAUACUGGGCCCAUCUUUGUUUUUGAGAUCUACUUACCUUCUGAGCGUGUGUUUUUAUUUGGAGCUGAAACAUCUCAAGCUCAAAGAAAGUGGACAGAGGCAAUAGUCAAGCAUUUUGUUCCCUUUGUUGCUGAAAACUUAACAGAAACUGACUACGACUUGAUUGGCCAGCUCUUCUACAAAGACUGCCAUGCCCUGGAUCAGUGGAGAAAAGGCUGGUUUGCUAUGGACAAAUUCAAUUUGCGUUUUUGCCUUCAGACGCAGGAAGUUCAGGAAGACAGGAUGCACUUAAGAAGACUGCAAGAGUUAACAAUCAGCACAAUGGUUCAAAAUGGGGAAAAAUUGGAUGUCUUACUUUUGGUGGAGAAAGGCCGAACAUUAUACAUCCAUGGGCAUAGCAAGUUGGAUUUCACAGUCUGGCAUACAGCAAUUGAAAAAGCAGCAGGUACAGAUGGUAAUGCAUUACAAGAUCAGCAGCUCAGCAAAAAUGACGUCCCCAUUAUCGUGAACAGCUGCAUAGCAUUUGUUACACAGUAUGGUUUAGGAUGCAAAUAUAUCUAUCAAAAGAAUGGUGAUCCUUUGCACACAAGUGAGCUCUUGGAAAAUUUCAAAAAGGAUGCAAGAAGCUUUAAAUUGAGGGCUGGAAAGCAUCAACUUGAAGAUGUGACGAGUGUGUUGAAAUGUUUUCUUUCUGACAUCGAUGAUGCACUGCUUGCCAAGGAGCUCUAUCCAUACUGGAUCUCUGCUUUAGAUACACAGGAUGACAAGGAAAGAAUUAAAAAGUAUGGAGCAUUUAUACGUACUCUCCCAGGGGUCAACCAAGCAACAUUGGCAGCUAUAAUUGAACACCUUUACAGGGUUCAGAAGUGCUCAGAAAUCAAUCACAUGAAUGCCCAUAAUUUGGCCUUGGCCUUUUCUUCCUGUUUGUUUCAAACUAAAGGACAAACUAGUGAAGAAGUGAAUGUAAUUGAGGACCUCAUUAAUAACUAUGUCGAAAUAUUUGAGGUUAAAGAAGAUCAAGUCAAACAAAUGGACAUAGAGAAUAGCUUUAUUACCAAGUGGAAAGACACUCAAGUUUCCCAGGCUGGAGAUUUGCUAAUUGAAGUGUAUGUAGAAAGGAAGGAACCUGACUGUAGUAUUAUAAUCCGGAUAUCUCCUGUGAUGGAAGCAGAAGAAUUGACUAAUGAUAUAUUGGCAAUAAAAAAUAUCAUCCCUACAAAAAGUGAUGUUUGGGCCACAUUUGAAGUUAUUGAAAAUGAAGAACUUGAGCGCCCCCUGCACUACAGAGAGAACGUGCUGGAGCAGGUGCUUCGCUGGGGCUCCCUGGCAGAGCCCGGCUCUGCGUGUCUGGUGGUGAAGAGGUUCUUAACCGGAGACACAAUUCAACACUACAGAGAGAGGCGUGCCCUGGGAAGUAUCAAAGAAGGAGUCUUGAAAAUCAAAGAAGAACCGUCUAAGAUACUGUCUGGAAAUAAGUUUCAAGACCGGUAUUUUGUUUUACGAGAUGGGUGUCUCUUUAUUUACAAAGACUCAAAGAGUAGUAAACAUGAAAAAAUGUUUUCUCUCAGCUCCAUGAAGUUUUAUCUUGGGGUGAAAAAGAAAAUGAAGCCUCCAACAAGUUGGGGAUUGACUGCAUAUUCUGACAAACAUCACUGGCACCUGUGUUGCGACAGUUCACAGACUCAGAUUGAGUGGAUGGCCAGUAUCUUUAUUGCUCAGCAUGAAAAUGAUAUAUGGCCACCAGCUGGACAGGAACGAAAACGUUCGAUAACCAAAAAUCCCAAAAUCGGAGGUUUGCCUCUGAUUCCCAUCCAGCAAGAGAGAAAUACAAUCCAAGCCCGGAGAAAUAUUGAGAGUGCAAGGGCAGAACUGGAAAGGCUGUGGCUCAGUGAGAAGCAUGAUCGAGAGCCUGUGGACUCCACCUUAAGGGACCGAGCCUCCAUGGUGGCCCACUGCCUAGAGCACAAGGACGACAGGUUCCGAAAUCGCACCAGGAAGCAUCGAAGCCUCAACUGCCUGGAGGACACAGAGACAGAAGUCCCCGAGCAGCAAAAAGGCCCUAAAGGCAUGAAGACAUUGAAAAAGACUGAGGAGAAGAAUAGCAAAGCUCCUAUGGACUCUGAUCAUAAGUUACCGUCAAAGGUGAUUGAAGAGCUCAGUGUGGUUCUACAGCGGUCUAGAACCCUUCCAAAACAGUUACAAGAUGAACACAUGAUGCAGAAGGAAAUAAAAUGAAUUGCCCCACUAAUUAAUGUUUUUAAUAUUGUAUACAAUGUGUGUAAACCUGAAACCAAACUAUAAUUCAUGAGAAUUUGUCUAUAGACAAAUUUGUGUGUCUAUGCUUAAGAAAUCUGUGUAUACUUAAACAUUCAAAGACAUUUUAAAAUAUGUAUAUAUGUGAGUAAGUGUAAGAUUAACUUUAUUUUGGUUUGAACAAAUCUUAUAAAGUCCAACUUUAUUAACUUGAACAAGAAGUUAUUGGGUUACUUUAAGUAGUCAACCCUUUUAAAAUAGUUAUCAAGUGGUAUAAUUUAUGAGUAGAAAUCUCAAACUGUACUGUAUUGUAUAAAGUGCUGUGUUUAAAUGAAGCUUAUGGAACUAUCUGUAACAUAUUUUGCACUUUGAGAAAUCUUGUAUAGUAAGUUACCAUAAUGUUUUUAGGUUUACACAGAGUUUACCUUAGCGAAGAGAAAGGGAAGUAAUUUGAGAAGAGGAAGGAUUUAUUUUAGCAGUUACCCUAACAAACAGUACUGGGGUUUUAAAAUGACAAGGACUUAACAAACCCAGGAGGUAAACUAAGAUUCAUCCCUGUUCACUAAUGACCAAAACUUGUUUGUGAGAAACUGCUCGUUAAGAAAAAAAAAAUCCUAUGUCUGUUUUGCCGGAGAAGUGUUCAGCCAACAGACAUGAAUAAUGGCAUGGCCCGCUCUCAUUGAUGGUGUUGGCAAACCAGCCACAGUAUACAUUCACUACACUUGAGCUUGUUGUCAGUGGCUGCUAAGAGGAGAUUUACACUGCAUUGGAGAGAGGUUGUGUGCCUGGCAUCUGCCAGUGACGCCGUUUGCACUGUCGCUUUACGCAGGCAAUUUUUUUCAAGUUCCUAAGGAUACUUUUGGUCCAAACAAAAUUCAGCAUCACAAGGUGUUUUUGCUGUUAUUCUUUUGUUAUUUGAUUUUUUUGUCAUUGUUCUCUUUUUCUGUUUAUUUCUUGUUAAGUAAGGUUGUAAUGCCUUUGGAUUGUCAGAAUUAAAGGGAAGUGUACUGCAUAUGACAGUUUAGAGAUUUGGAAUUGGAAAUUUAACUUCUGUGUACAUUUAGGGGCAUUUAACCUGGUUGUCAUUGUCUUUUUUUUUUUUUUAAUUUUUUUUUUUUUUUUGACAGGCAGAGUGGAUAGUGAGAGAGAGACAGAGAGAAAGGUCUUCCUUUUGCCGUUGGUUCACCCUCCAAUGGCCGCCGCGGUAGCGCGCUGCGGCCGGCGCACCGCGCUGUUCCGAUGGCAGGAGCCAGGUGCUUCUCCUGGUCUCCCAUGGGGUGCAGGGCCCAAGCACUUGGGCCAUCCUCCACUGCACUCCCUGGCCACAGCAGAGAGCUGGCCUGGAAGAGGGGCAACCGGGACAGGAUCGGUGCCCCGACCGGGACUAGAACCCGGUGUGCCGGCGCCGCAAGGUGGAGGAUUAGCCUGUUGAGCCAAGGCGCCGGCCUGUCUUUUUUUUUUUUUUUUUUUUUUUUUUUUUUUAUAACAAUGCAGUGGUCUUUUCAUGUUCCUAGGAAUAAUGGCAAAGCUCUCUAGUUUUGUUUCCAUGUAGAGAGAGGCCAUUGAAUUGGCGAUUCAAUUAGCUCAUGUUAGGAGCAGCACUUUUCAUCAGCUUUCAGAUAUUUUAGGCAUGCUAAGAUUUUACAGUAAAAGUAUUCCAUGUGACUAGGAUUUAUUCUUCACGUAUCUUUUUCCCCCUAUUUUUUAAAGCAUUUUUCUCACCAGAAUUUGUUUAUGCACAAAGGCCCAUAUUCAGUCCAUCCAAUCAUAGUACAGGAAUGUGGUGAUAAUGCUAUGAAUUUCUUCAUUGUAAAAUACUGACCACUCAUGAGUAGCUUGUGGUGAUAAAAUAGUUUAUGAAGGGUAGAUGGUAUUUAUUCUUUAAAUCCCAAUAAAUUGGAAUUUAAAAAAAAACAAAACUGCAGGACAGUUUAUAAAAAGGUGGCACUAUUAGGGAGCUGUCUUUUAAAGUGAAACAUGCUAUUUACGAAGAAAAACUAAUCUUAAAUAAAUUAUCAUUUUUAAUAAAUAAUAUUUAUAUUUUUAUGAAAGUAAAUCACAUGGGAAUUAAUGUUCAGAAAUGUGGACAUUGGGAGAGUCUCUGGAAUUUUUAACCUGCCUUAUGAAAACUUCUUGAAACUUGAGCUUAAAAUUUAACAGCGUCUGUUUCCCUUCCUUCCCUGACCAAUUGUUCCCACUUUUCCAGUGUAAGAUAAGGGCUAAUGACCUCUCAUAUAUUUUGAGUAAAAAUUAAAAUUGUUUCACAAGUCCACUUGCAUGCAACUGUUAUUUUUCUCUGUUUUGUUU